AUGGAGGAUAAAUUCCUCCCUCUGAAACGCAGCAGACUUCUUAUGGACGAAGAUGGGGAUAUGCAUCAUACUGCUCUUACACUUUCUAAUGGGUUCAAGUUAUAUGUGGCUAUUGAUUAUGAUUGUGUCGAUGUUUGCCUCAGGGUUCUCUCAGUAUUUCCCAAAGGGAACAAGCAAGAACAAGUAGACGAUCACCUCUCCGUUUAUGUGACAUUGGUUGAUAAACUCAACCCUGGUAGCUUUGUUGAUGUUGUGCUUCGGUUUUUCCUUUAUGAUCACCUCAGGGAUGCCUAUCUCUCUGUCUUAGAUGUAAGGGAGAGGCGAUUCCAUGUAUUGAAAGAUACAUGGGGAGUCCCUAAAUUCCUUUCGGUUUCCACAUUCAAUGAUGCGGAUUAUGGAUUUUUGGUGGAUGAUUGCUGUGUAUUUGGUGCUGAGGUUCUUGUCAUAAACAGCCAUUUCAAGAUAUCUACUAUGUCCAUUGUGCAAGAAAAUUGUGACAGAAGCUAUUCCUGGAGAAUUGAGAAUUUCUCGACUUUGAAUGAUGUAGUGUGUUCUCCGAUCCCGUAUAUUGCUUUGAUGGAUGGUCAUGACCAUAUUGCGAUUGAGAAUCCUGUAUUUAUUGUUAGUGAUUUGGUAAAUCCUAAUGUGUUGGAGAAAUUGGUUUUGUAUGCAAGAGGAAGCAAUAAGGAGAAGGGGAAAAGCCUCUCAUUGUAUCUGCAACUAGACGAUACCUCUAGGCUAACCCAAGGCAACUCCUGGUUCACUGCAAGUGCUCUCAAUUGGGGUUUUGACGACAUUAUUUCUCUCAAUGAUAUACAUGAUUCUUCGAAAGGCUACUUAGUAGACGAUACUAUAAUCAUUGAACAUCGUAUUCAGAAGAUGAUUUUGCUGAAAGAUGUGGAGUCAGUGAAGCAGGAGGUGUUGUCUGUAUGUCCCAAAGGGAACAACCAAGAACAAGGAGACGAUCACCUCUCUGUUUAUGUGACAUUAGUUGAUAAACUCAACCCUAGUAGCUUUGUCGAUGUGGUGCUUCGUUUCUUCCUUUAUGAUCACCUAAGGGAUGCUUAUCUGUCUGUCUUAGAUGUAAAAGGAAGGCGAUAUCAUGCUUUGAAAUAUACAUGGGGAGUCACUAAAUUUCUUCCCAUAUCCACGUUCAAUGACGCGGAUUAUGGAUUUUUAGUUGAUGAUUGCUGUGUAUUUGGUGCCGAGGUUUUUGUUAUAAACAACCAAGUCAAAAUAUCUACUCUAUCAGUUGUGGAAGAAAAACAUGACAGAAGCUUUACCUGGAGAGUUGAGAAUUUCUCGAGUUUGAAUGAUUGUAUGGGAUGA